AUGGCUGACGCACGGAAGAUCGUCCUGAUUACAGGGACUAGCAGCGGUGCCGGGGAAGCUUUGGCUAAGGAAUUCUUGUCGAAAGGCUUUCGCGUCCUAGCCACAGCUCGCAAUACAGACUCAAUCAUACACCUCGCUGACCUCGGCAUCGAGACCUUUAGCCUCGAAGUCCACAAGCCAGCAUCUAUAAAGUCCCUCAAGUUGCAAGUCGACGCUCUCACCAACGGUCGCCUGGACUACCUUGUCAACAAUGCUGGCCGCAACUUGACUGUACCCGCACUCCACGUCGACUAUGAUGAAGUGCAGUACACUUUCGAAACGAACGUUUUCGGUGUCAUGCGCAUGUGUAGCGAAUUUGCGCCCCUGUUGAUCGCUGCUAAGGGCACGAUCGUACAAAUCGGCAGUUUAGCCGGCGUAAUGCCAUACGUGUUUGGCAGUGUAUAUAACUCUUCGAAAGCGGCGUUGCAUGCAUAUUCUAACACGUUGCGCGUUGAGCUCGCGCCGUUCGGUGUGCACGUACUUACGAUUGUGACGGGAGGCAUACAGUCAAAUAUUGCGCGGACGGAACGUAGCUUACCUUUGGACUCGAUUUACCUGCCGAUUGAUUCAGACUACCAGCGCAGAUUAAAGCACAGUCAGGAGGGAGCUAGUAUGCCUGCUAAAGAUUAUGCAAAGAGCGUUGUGAAUGCUGCGACACGUAAGAGGGUGCCGCGCUUCCUAUGGGAGGGGAACAAGUCAUGGCUGGUGUGGUUGCUGUCGACUUUCUUUCCGACUUGGUUCAUGGAUUGGUACUUCACGCGGACCUUUGGGCUAUGGAAGUUGCAUGGAAUACAUACGAAGACAAAUUGA